AGGCAGCCCAGGCAGUCGGUGGGUCGAGAGAGGUGCUGACAGGGCGGAGCCGCCCCCUCGGCUCAGCCGACCUCACCCCUCCCGCACGGGACAGGUGGUAGAGCGCGGUCCGCCUCUACCAGCUGCGAGUGGGAGUGAGGGAGGGCCAGUUCGGGACGGCCGCCGCCAGCUGCGAGUGGGAGUGAACGAGGGCUAGUCCGGGACGCCCAGGCGAGGAGUCCGGCGGCAGCAAACGGGUAUCGUGGCGGCCAAAAAAAUGCUCCUGUAUCGAGGGGCCCCCGCGGGCCCUGGCGCGCCGGGCUAUGGGCUGGCCCGGCCGGGCGGCGGCCCGCAGGCCUUUGGGAUCCGCCUGAGCACGAUGAGCCCCCGCUACCUACAGAGCAACUCCAGCAGCCACACGCGACCCUUCAGUGCCAUCGCGGAGCUGCUAGAUAAUGCUGUAGAUCCAGAUGUAUCUGCCAGGACGGUCUUUAUAGAUGUUGAGGAGGUCAAGAAUAAAUCUUGUUUGACUUUUACUGAUGAUGGAUGUGGGAUGACACCUCAUAAGCUACAUCGAAUGCUCAGCUUUGGCUUUACAGAUAAAGUAAUAAAGAAGAGCCAGUGUCCCAUCGGGGUCUUUGGUAAUGGUUUCAAGUCAGGCUCCAUGCGGCUAGGAAAAGAUGCUCUUGUCUUCACCAAGAAUGGGGGUACCCUCACUGUUGGACUCCUAUCACAGACCUAUCUGGAAUGUGUCCAGGCCCAGGCAGUUAUUGUACCAAUUGUUCCAUUCAACCAGCAAAACAAAAAAAUGAUCAUUACUGAGGAUUCCUUGCCCAGCCUAGAAGCCAUCUUGAACUAUUCAAUUUUCAACAGUGAAAAUGACCUGCUGUCCCAGUUUGAUGCCAUCCCAGGCAAAAAAGGCACUCGUAUUCUCAUUUGGAACAUCCGCAGAAAUAAAGAUGGAAAGGCUGAAUUGGACUUUGAUACAGAUCAGUAUGACAUCCUGGUAUCAGACUUUGGCACUGAAGAAAAGGAGACUGGUGAUGUUACUACUGAGCUGCCAGAAACAGAGUAUUCUUUACGGGCAUUUUGUGGUAUUUUAUAUAUGAAGCCACGCAUGAAAAUUUUUCUACGUCAAAAGAAGGUGACUACCCAGAUGAUUGCCAAGAGUCUGGCCAAUGUAGGAUAUGAUAUCUAUAAACCUACCUUCACAAAUAAGCAGGUGAGAAUCACUUUUGGGUUCUCUUGCAAGAACAAUAACCAGUUUGGAGUAAUGAUGUAUCAUAACAACCGACUCAUAAAGUCCUUUGAGAAGGUGGGAUGCCAGGUGAAGCCAACUCAUGGAGAAGGUGUGGGUGUAAUUGGAGUCAUUGAGUGCAAUUUCCUAAAACCUGCCUACAACAAACAAGACUUUGAGUACACCAAGGAGUACCGGUUGACAAUAAAUGCCCUUGCCCAAAAGCUCAAUACUUACUGGAAGGAAAAGACAUCUCAAGAGAGUUUUGAAAGCUCAGUCAUAGUCAGGCCAGUACUGAAGAUUCCUGACCAGACAUGGGUACAGUGUGAUGAGUGUCUUAAAUGGAGGAAGCUUCCUGGCAAGGUUGAUCCAUCUACAUUACCUGCAAGAUGGUUUUGUUACUAUAAUUCCCAUCCAAAGUACAGGAGGUGCUCUGUUCCAGAGGAACAAGAACUCAUUGAUGAGGACCUGUACUUGAGCAAAGCUAAGAAACAAGAUCAAACUGUUGAGAAGAAGAAAGUGCCUAUGGAAAAUGAGAACCACCAGGUAUUCACUCAUCCACUGAGGAUCCCUACUGUUCAAGAUAUGUCUGGAUUGAAUAAAAAGACAAUUGGAUCCGAGGGAAUUGAUAGCCCUCGUCUGUCUCCAUCUGUUGGAGAAGAAAGUAGAACUCCUCCUCUUCAACUUAAGCCUCUGGAUUCCAGUGUUUUUCAGUUUUCCAGUAAGUACAAAUGGAUCCUAGGUGAAGAACCUGUAGAGAAACGAAGAAGGCUCCAGAAUGAGAUAACAACACCUCCUCUAGAUUAUUCCAUGCCUGGCCCUUAUGGGAGGGUAGAGGCAGCUAUUGCCUACCCAGAAGGGGAGAACAACCAUGAUAAAUCCAGUUUUGAGAGAAGCACACCACCCUAUCUUUUCCCAGAAUACCCAGAAGCAAGCAAGAAUACUAGCCCAAGUAGGGAGGUCUCAGGUCUGUAUUCAGGAGCCAAAGACCAACUCCAGGGGUCCCUGCUCCCUGAAGAAUUAGAAGAUCAGAUGCCAAGAUUGGUAGCAGAAGAAUCCAACAGAGGUAGCACGAACAUAAACAAGGAGGAAGGGAACAAGGGACCUUUUGUAGCUGUUGUUGGUGUUGCAAAAGGUGUUAGAGAUUCAGGAGCUCCCAUUCAGCUGAUUCCUUUUAACAGAGAGGAGCUUGCUGAGAGAAGGAAAGCAGCUGAAUCCUGGAACCUGGUGCCUUAUUCUUCUGUGACCUCUGCCACAAUCCCUGCUGCAGCCACUGGGGAGAAAGGAAGAGGCUGUGAGGAGAGUGGAGGUCAGAAUACACCCAAGAUUAAGAACCAGAGAGAGCUGGAAGAAUUGAAGAGAACCAACGAAAAACUGGAACGUGUUUUGGCUGAAAGGAAUUUGUUCCAGCAAAAGGUGGAGGAGCUGGAACAGGAAAGGAAUCACUGGCAUUCUGAAUUCAAGAAAGUCCAACAUGAAUUAGUGACCUACAGUACCCAGGAGACAGAAGGCUUGUAUUGGAGCAAGAAACACAUGGGUUAUCGCCAAGCUGAAUUCCAGAUUCUGAAAGCUGAACUGGAAAGAACCAAAGAGGAAAAGCAAGAACUAAAAGACAAACUGAAGGAGACAGAGACACACCUGGAGGUGCUGCAGAAGGCUCAGGUCUCCUACCGGACCCCAGAGGGAGAUGACCUAGAAAGGGCUUUGGCAAAGCUUACGCGGCUGCGUAUCCACGUCAGCUAUCUCCUUACUUCUGUCCUCCCUCACUUGGAGCUUCGUGAGAUCGGGUAUGACUCAGAACAAGUGGAUGGGAUCCUGUACACGGUGCUGGAGGCAAAUCACAUACUGGAUUGAGCACCAGACUAUCUUCUCUGCUCUCCUCUCUUGUCCUCUCUUCUUUCUCCUCCCCUCCCCUCCCCACAACUUCUAUUCCCAUUUUUUUCCUUCCCUGUCUCCCCUCCCGCCUCUUUUUCUCUCUCACCAUUAUGCCUUAUAUAGAGAAUCUGAGUAAAUCCUGGCUCUUAAUCAGUCUGCUUCUUACUCAAUUUUGGUUUGGGGAAAGAGGCCAGUUAAAUAGGCUUUUAAGAGUCCAGCAACAGAAAAGCAAUAGUCACCAAGCUGGGUGACCUGAAAGCUUUAAAUUUCUUGACCUAGAUACUCGGCUUAUUUCAUAUCCUUUCUUAAAUGGUUGGUAUUCAUUUAGAGUUAAUCAGCAAAUAUGGGGCCAACGUACCAGGUGUUUUCUGGUAAACUAAGGAGUAUAACUCAUGGUUUCGGCCUUCAAGCAUCUAACGAUCUAGUUGGAAACACAGGACACAUACCAAGUUAACUAUACAGAGAAGUGUGUGACACAUACACAUGAGUGGUACAAACAUGUUAUAGAAGAUCUGGGGAGGAAGUUCAAGGAAGGCAUCACAUCAGAAAUGAGACCUAAAGUAAGGUUUAAAGAAUGAGCACGACCACACUGUUAAUGAUGGCUGUUCUUUAGAUGGUAAGACUAUGAUUGAUGCUUUUUCUUAUUCCUAUCUUCCUGCCUUUUUCAAAUUUUCUAUAAUAAACCUGUUAUUCUCCUUAUGUUGGAAAAAUAAAUUGUUUAAAAAAGAAUGAGUAGGCUUGGAUUUAGAUAUUCAAAUUAGAAACCAUGAAAAUAGAAGGUAAUGUUUUAUUUAUCAUUUAUGUUAUAUUUAACAUUACCUUGGGAAGAACAGCAUGAACAAGGGCACAGAAAAAACUGGAAUGUG